GUUAAAUAAAAAAAUACGAACAACCACUUAUUUCGCUCUUGGGUCGAAAAGAGCAUCUCUUCAAGCAUGAAAGCUCUGGUGCAACGCGUCACUGCAGCCAGCGUUUUAGUUAAUAAUGAAGUUAUCAGCACCAUCGGAAAGGGAUUGUGCGUAUUUAUCGGUAUAAGCCGAGAAGACACGUUAGAAGAUAUCAGAUACAUAGUACGAAAAAUUUUAAAUGUGAAAUUCUUCGACGACGAGAAGGAUAAAAAGUGGAGCAACAGUGUAAUGGACAAACAAUAUGAAAUAUUAUGCGUUAGUCAAUUUACUCUAUAUCAUGUUUUAAAAGGAAAUAAAAUAGAUUUUCAUAAAGCAAUGGCAGGGGAGAAGGCAAACUUGCUUUUUUCGCACAUCGUUGACGAACUUAGGGCAAAAUACAAACCAGAAUUCGUGAAAGAUGGUCUGUUUGGUGCCAUGAUGCAGGUGAAAAUAGAAAACGAUGGACCUGUGACGAUAGAAAUAGAGACCCCAAAAAAGGAUACCUCCAAUAACGCUGAAUCUAUAUAAGUAUUUGUUGCUUAUCGCUUAGUAUACAAAUGCAUAUAUCUAUACUUUUUUAAUCAAUUAUGCAGAGUAUAACUCAUAAAAAAGAAAUAAAAAAUUCUUAAAGUA